AUGCUAUUAAUCCCAAUAUUACAUCUUUUGAUCCAAAUGUUUAUACUUCGUUUACCAUUGAUUCAUCAGAUACUACUACUCAGAAUGAAGGUUUUUUGAGUCUUGGGACAUCUCAAAAUACUUCUCCUAAUGUAACAAAUGUCACUGUAAAUACUCGUAUUGCUUCUCCCAAACAAGGAAACGCGUAUUUUACUGACAGCUUUUUAGUCUUGCCACAACAAUCAAUUUCUCCUAUUGCUCUUAAUGUUGAUAAUUUUGAUGUUUAUCUUGCAAAUAUGUCCUCUAAUCAACCUAUCAAUGUUCAUACGACUACUGGAAAUAUUUUUAUGCGUAAUUUAAAUAUCUCAAAUGCAAAUCUUUAUUCUGAAAAAGCUUCUAUUCAUGGAAGAAUUUUUCUUUCAAAUACCAUUAUCGUUAAUCAAACUUCUGAUGGUGAAGUCGACUUAUUUAUUAAUAUUGUUCCGAAUGCUACCAAUCCUAAAAUAUAUAUAAAUGCAAAUAAUGGUCAUGUUAGAUUAAUUUUGAAUAAAACUUUUGCUGGAACAUAUAAUGUAAUUACAAGUGGAAAGGUAAUGUUUAGCGAAAGUAGAAGAAAACCUAUCUCCUUACCUGCACAAGGCACAUAUGGUAAUGGUACUGCGUUAUUGGAAGUGAUAUCGAAUUCUAACGUUAGAAUUGGCUUUUAA